CAGGGGUCUGUGCAGGCUCCAGAGGAGUAGCCGCUGAGUAGCGCCUUGGAGGGGCGGCGGCCAGGCGCGGAUGCUGGAAGUUCACAUCCCGUCGGUGGGGCCGGAGGCCGAGGAGCCCAGGCAGAGCCCGGAGAAAGGCCACAUGGUGUUCCGCGUGGAGGUGCGCUGCCGCGGGCGGAGGCACUCGGUGCACAGGCGCUACAGCGAAUUCCACGCUCUGCACAAGCGGAUCAAGAAACUGUACAAAGUGCCUGACUUCCCGUCGAAGCGCCUGCCCAACUGGAGGAGCAGGAGCCUGGAACAGCGGCGACAGGGGUUGGAGGCCUAUAUCCAGGGUAUCCUGUACCUGAACCAAGAUGUGCCCAAGGAGUUACUGGAAUUCUUGAGACUCCGACACUUCCCAGUGGACCCCAAAGCCAACAGCUGGGGCACCCUGGGGGAAUUCCUGCCUAGCGACAGCAGCAGUUCACAGCUGCACCAUCGACCUGUCCUCAGCUUCUGCAGGGAUCCUUACCUUUGCGUCCCUUCCCCAGAGUCCCUGCCUGACGUGGUGGUGAGUGGCGUGCUCCAGGGCCUCUAUGGAUUCAGCAUCAGCCCAGCCCCAGCCCCACCCCAGGCCGACUGUGACCCUGAUCCUCUGCCACCAGAGCCCUAAGGGGUCUGGGAGCCUGUGGGCCAGCUGUGAGCAGUCACAUGCCUCAGCUGUGUGAGCACCACCCCAAGAGACAGGGCUGGGUGACCCUUGGGCCUGGACCCAGCACUCAGUCAUGCCUGGUCCCCCAUCAAGGCUUUGAACUUGGCAUGUGCUGGCAGCUGGGGUGGUCUUAGCAUCCAGGCAGGGGCCAAGGAAGGGUGAGAUGAGGAACAAGAGGGAAGACAAUUUAGAGGAAGAUGGGAGACACAAGUACAAUUCUUGACAUAGACCAGAAGGAGGCAGGGACAGUAAGGUGGAGGCACAGCAGCUUGUGAAGUUGA